CUUGGGAAGAACCAGGUGUGCAUUGUGUGACAAGGACUCAGCACUGGCCACCGGCUGGCCAACUCAGCAGUUACUGAGCGCGCGCCCACUUGUGCCUUGUUGAAUCUUGGAAUCGGUCUCCGCUGGAGCCCUUGGAUGUUACCCUGACCUGACCCAUGUUAUGGCUGACACUCCGUACAAGAUCUCUGGCCCUGCCCAUGCCGUGGAUCGUGGAUCCAAGCAUUCCUUGAUAUGCCAGAGCGAGCACGUCUCCAUGACGGAUGCGGAAUUCCUGCCUGUGAAUUCCAGCCAGCAGAUCAGACUAAGACAGGCUGCGUGCCAGUCUUAUGGACCUCUCAGCACUGCCCGCCUCCAGAGCCCAGUGGCAGACUCAGACUUGUCUCUGCCUGCAUGCCCCGGCGCUGCCGCCCGCACCCCGCAGCGAGCACAACGGCGUCGUUCCCGUCUGGGUGUAGCAGCGCCGUUGUAUCGCGCCUGGACGGUCCUAGAGCUUGGUGCUGUCGGUGGCUGGCAUCAGGUCUACAUACAUGCAUCUUGUCAUUCUCUCUCGUGCCAGGCAGGCCCCGCCGAUCCCUCAGGCUCGCCGCCGAGGAGCAGCUUCAAGGGUGUUUGGGACAGGCGUUUUUGGCGCGUCCGCAUGCAUGAGUUCACUCGGCCCUGUGAGAUGCCACGGCCGACGUUCCUCCCUCUCGACACCAUGGCCGACAUUACAGACCAGCACGACCAGACCUCCCCCAACGAGCUCGACGACAGCCACGCCAACGGUGCUGCCGGCGAGAACCGCGGCGUCAAGCGCCAGCGCGCCCUCCCCGACGAUGAUGACGAUGACGAUGACAAGGGCGGCCGCGAGCGCCGCAAGAUCGAAAUCAAGUUCAUCAGCGACAAGUCGCGUCGCCACAUCACCUUUUCCAAGAGAAAGGCCGGUAUCAUGAAGAAGGCCUACGAGCUUUCUGUCCUGACCGGAACACAAGUUCUACUGCUCGUCGUCUCGGAGACUGGUCUGGUCUACACUUUCACAACACCAAAGUUGCAGCCCUUGGUUACCAAGGCCGAGGGCAAGAACCUCAUCCAGGCCUGCCUCAAUGCACCUGAGCCCACCCCAGGAAACGAGAAUGGCGUCGACGAUAACCAGGUCGAAUCGCCCGAGGAGCCUCCUGCGCAUCUGCCUCCCCAGGCGGCUCGGCCUGGCAUUCCCCAGAACCCUCACAUGCCUCCCAACUACAUGUCGAAUGUCCCCGUCGACCCCCAGUCCGCCCUCGCCUACCAGAACUACAUGCAGCAGCGAAGUGGCCCUUACGGCUUGCCACCACAAUCCGGCAUGCCGCAACACUCGACUCACCAGUCGUGA